UAUAUCAAUGGUACUUCAAAACCACUAGCCCGUAUCUGGGCCAGAACCACUGGCCCGAGCCAUUAGUACGAACAGUUGUAAUUUUUUAUGAUUAUUAUAAUUAAGGAUUGGUUAUCUCAGCCACUAACAAAGAUGUAUGCACCCACUUUAGAGUUACUGAAAUGUAGCGAAACAUGUCGUUUGAAUAUACUACGAGAAGAUUUUGCCAAGUAUAUGGAUGAAUGCGAUCCGUUGAAAGAAUUUCGAAAUCACUUUCUUAUUCCAAAGAAUUCCGAUAUUCCAUUUGGUGAGUUUGAUUCAAAAUUAGUGGACCUUCAGGAGACAUGUGUUUAUCUUUGUGGUCAUUCUCUUGGUCUCCAGCCAAAAUCUACCAAAGAAUAUGUCAAUAAAGAACUAGAAAAAUGGGCUACAAAAGGAGUUUGUGGUCAUGUAAAUGUUGAUGACAAACCAUGGUGGAUUAUUGACGAAUUUGUUAAUGGACUUUGUGCUCAAAUUGUUGGUGCUAAAGAGCUUGAAGUAGUUGCAAUGAAUGGAUUAACAGUGAACAUUCAUUUACUAUUGGUUCCAUUUUACCGCCCUACCGUGAAUAGACACAAGAUUCUCGUUGAAGGAAAGAGCUUUCCCUCAGAUUAUUUUGCACUUGAAUCUCAUUUGAAAUUGCAUGGGUAUGACCCUGCCACAUCAUUGGUGGAAGUUAAUUCUCGACAAGGUGAAACGUUCCUACGAACUGAGGAUAUUAUUAAAACAAUUGAGGAAGAAGGAGAAAGUAUAGCAUUGAUUUGGUUUGGAGGUCUCCAGUAUUAUACUGGGCAACUAUUUGAUAUGAAAUGUAUCACAGAAGCUGGUCAUAAAAAGGGUUGCAUUGUUGGUUUUGAUUUGGCACACGCUGUUGGUAAUGUAGAGUUGUCGCUGCAUGAUUGGGGAGUAGAUUUUGCAUGUUGGUGCUCAUAUAAAUAUUUGAAUUCUGGACCUGGCGCUUUGUCAGCUGUAUUUAUUCAUGAAAGGCAUGCGAAAAAUUUUGAUUUACCAAGAUUGGAAGGUUGGUGGGGUCACGAAAAGGAAUCAAGAUUUCAAAUGGAUCACAAGUUUCUUCCUCGAACUGGUGCAGCUGGCUUUCAAAUUUCGAAUCCUCCUGUAUUACAAACAGUGUCAUUGCUCUCAGCUUUGGAGCUUCAUACUAAAGCGACGAUGAAAAGUCUUCGUAAAAAAUCUCAACUUUUGACAGGAUACAUGGAGUAUUUGUUAAUGAGUAUAAUUGAGGAAGAUAAGGUUAACUCAACGUCUGCUGCACAAUAUUUUCAAAUUAUAACACCGAAAAAUCCUUGUGAACGUGGUGCUCAAUUGUCCAUUAUGUUCCCAUAUGACACUCAACAAAUCUUUCUUGAACUAAAAAGGAGAGGGGUUGUGGUGGACGAACGUAAGCCAAACGUAAUUCGAGUCGCUGCAGCUCCAAUCUAUAAUUCAUUUAUGGACGUAUUUAAAUUUUAUAAGUAUGUGAAAGAAUGCAUUCAACUUGUUUGUAAUCAAUAAUAUUUUUAUCACUUAUCAAUGAGCAACCAUUGAAAAAGAUUCAAAGAAGUGCUUGCAGAAAUUGCAGAAAUGCAGAAAUUUCUCAUUUA